UUCAAGACAACAUGGCGAAUUGAUCAAGUGUAGCAAUUAUGCAGAAGAAAUCCGGCAAAAAGACCACUUUCUAACUUAUAAUUCAAACGCUGAUGCCUUUAGAUUCUUUAGGACUGUAUCUCUCAAACCUAUAACAGAAAAUUUGGAGUCAUUUGGGKUGAUCAAGAUACUUUAGUUACGCGAGCCGGUUGCUCUGACAAGCCAAGGGAAAAGCCAUGUUCAAAAAAUAUGAAUUUCAAAGGAAAAAGUCACCACUCAGCGAAAAAAGCAACAGCGUUGGCAGUGCUACUGUUUUGAAGGGGGAUUGUAAUGGCAAUCAAAAGUUAAAUGGAGUAUUUGAAUCUAAAGAUGGUGGGUUUGCCAACUCGAGUCCAACUAUUACUAUAGAUAGCUCUUCCGAUAGCGACGAUGAAGAUAUCUCAGAGCUUUUGAAAUCGGUCAUAUAUGAACACUCCGAGGAUUCUUCAUCAUCAAAAUCAAAGAAAUCUACUCAGGUUUAUAAAAAUACAUCAAGAWCUUCACCAAGUGCUCAAAAGCAGUCUACUGAACACUGCAAUAAUGAAAUGACUGGGAAAGUGGAUGGGAAAGAAAUGAGAAAAGAUAUUUUGAAAACUUUAAACGAAGUCUUUCCCAAUGCAAGCAAAGAAUUGAUUAAGUAUGCUGCACAAGAGGGGGGAAAUUUGAAUGAAGCUUGCAACAUUGUCUCAGAAUCAAUGAAAGAGGAAAGUCCUAUAGUUAAAGCAACUAAACAAAAACGAAAACGUGUGAAACCGAUUGAAGACAGCGAUUCUGAUGCCUGCUUAACUCCUAAAAAGAAGCAAAGAAAUUCAGCAGAAAAGCAGGCCCCAAAUGACUCCUGCUCUGUCUCAAAUGGAAACAUUAAAGACUCUAUUGACCCAGAGAAUGAGAAUUUCAAAAAACUAAAAGAGAUGUUUACAUCAAGAAGCAACAGUGAUAUAAAAGCAGCAUUGGAGCUGACGAACCACCUUGCCGAGGCUAGAAUUUUUCUUUCAAAUCCUUUUUGGUCGAGUAGAAAUGCACAUAAAGAUUUAUCAAAGCAGAAUUCAAAACAAACAGAGACAAUAGAAAUAGUAUCAGAUGAUGAAGGUGAUGUCAGUGAUGUUAACAGUAAAGAAAGUGGUCCAGACAGUGAAGAUAUUGACACCAACGAUAGUACCUACCAAGAGAGGAAUGUCACUUCUAAACAGACAAGAAUCUUGUCCUUCCURGAUGACUGUUCACUUGAAGAGCUUGCAAUGAUACCUGGCCUGUCAGUUAAAAAAGCAAACAAGUUGAUUAGUUUAAGACCAUUUGAAUCUUGGGAUGAUAUGGAAACAAAGUUAAAAUCCUCAAAAGCGCUAUUAUCAAAAAAGUUUCUAGAGAAUACCUACCAUGUACUUAAGAAAAGAGAUGACGUUCAGAAUUUAAUGAAACGCUGUGAAAGGAUUUCAAAAGAAGUUCAAAUGCUUCUUUCAGCCCAACUAAAUGAAGAAAUGUCACAGCCAACUACUUUAAACCCAAGCUGUCAACUCAAGCCAUAUCAGUUGACUGGUUUGCACUGGUUAAAGUUGAUGCAUGACAAAAAGAUGAAUUGYAUCUUGGCUGACGAAAUGGGCCUUGGUAAAACUGUUCAGGCUUUAUCCUUCAUUGCUCAUUUAAUAGAAGAGGGUGAUGAUGGUCCAUAUCUUAUAGUUGCCCCCGCCUCCACCCUAGAUAACUGGGUCAGAGAAUUGAAACAUUUUUAUCCUAGUGUUUCGUAUAUCUCGUAUUAUGGUAAAAGUUAUCUCAGGCAUGAUAUACGAUCUGGUGACUACCAAGUUAUUAUUGCAACUUAUCAAACAGCAAUUAGCACUUACCAAGAUCGAAGUUUAUUCCGUAAACUCAACAUCCAUUACGUUGUCUUCGACGAGGGCCACAUGCUGAAGAACAUGCAGUCACAAAGAUACCAAAAGCUCUUUAACAUCAAUGCUAAGCGCCGUUUACUCCUCACCGGGACUCCACUGCAGAACGACUUAAUGGAGUUGAUGUCACUUCUUUGCUUUGUCAUGCCCAACAUGUUUGGCACUCUAGAGAUCUCUGAAGGUUUAAACAUGCUGUUUUCUAAUAAAAAAUCGAAAGAGAGCUCUAGUGUGCGAAGCUACCACGAAGAGAGGCUGCAACAAGCGAGUAGCAUCUUAAAACCUUUCGUUCUGAGGCGACUGAAAACAGACGUGCUUAGCCAACUGCCUGAAAAGACAGAGAAUAUCGUUAUGGUCGAUUUGACCGCAAAACAGCGGUCUCUCUACGACAAAGUGUUCAACGAAUGCCGACAAGAAUUCAAGAAACAGAAAAGUAGUGGUUUAUAUGGGAAAAACAGAAACCUUGUGAUGCCAUUGCGCAUGACAUCAAACCAUCCUCUUCUUCUGAGAAACAACUUUGAUGACUCGAUGCUGCACGAAAURGCUGUCAAAUAUUGCAGGGAUAUCGCCAAUCGAGGUUCUGAAGUGGAAUUGGUCUACGAAGACAUGACUGUAAUGUCUGACUUCGAAUUACAUCGAAUGUGUCGCGAGUACUAUAAUCUGCAAUCGUUUGCAUUAACAAAAGAGGUCCUUUUGGAUUCAGGAAAGUUUGAAUAUUUGAAGGAAACACUUCCUGRUAUGAAAGAAAAGGGAGACCGAGUCCUACUUUUCUCUCAGUUCACCCUCGUAAUGGACGUCAUUGAAGURUUUUUGAAUCACCAUGGAUACCGAUUCCUUCGUCUUGACGGCGGUACGAAGGUCAGCGAAAGGCAAAACCUGAUUGACCAGUUUAAUAACGACAAAGAUAUUUUCAUUUUCUUGUUAUCGACGAGAGCAGGUGGCCUCGGUAUUAACCUAACGUCAGCAAAUGUCGUCAUUUUGCACGACAUUGACUUCAACCCUUAUAACGACAAGCAAGCGGAAGAUCGCUGUCAUCGCGUAGGGCAAACAAGGGAGGUUCGUAUCUACAAACUCGUCUCGAAAGGAACCAUCGAGGAAGCGAUUCUAAAUUGCGCCAAAAGUAAACUCAAACUAGAACAAGACGUCGUUAAAACUCAAGAAAAUGAUAGCUGUGGUUUUGAAGAAACAGACGAUGACGUAAUAACAGUCCUUGGACAGACUUUCAGAGAAUAGAUGAAGCACGUGAUCAAAUUAACCAAUCAUGAUUCAAGUUCAUGUAACCAAUCAGUUGACGUUUGCAAAUUAAUCAAUUAAAAUAKACGCGAUAUUGAAAUGAUAGUUUUCUAUACAAUCAGAUAGACACAUUUAUGGAAAAUAUGUCAUAAUAUUUUUGUAAUCUUGGAAUACUUGAAAAUGCCCACAAUUUAUAAAGAGUUUGAUAUUUUUAUUUUGAUUGUUCGACUAGUGAGAAAAUUUCGACAGUGUGUCUAUAUGUCAAUUAUGAAAGAUGUUUUUUUCAAAAUUUAUGUAUGUAACUGAGGAGUGGCUAAUGGUCCUCAUUUCUGAGAUUUUUCUGGAUGCCGAGUCUAAAAUCUUGACUUAGAAUCUCUAAUGUUUCGCCAUUCGCCACCCAGCAGUUCAUAAACAAAUGUAAAAUAAAGUUGAUGUUUCUAAAGUAAAUAAUUCAUAUAUCACAAAACGAAAAAGGCGUCUUGUYGCGCAAUAUAUUUAUGUAUUUAUUUGUAAACAUGGCAAAUAA